ACAUCGGAUUCUCUUAUAAAAAUUCCUAUCAUAAUAUCCCUAACAAAAGUUCCUAUGGUACCUCCUCCUGGGCAUUUAUGCCGUAUUAUGGAGUGGAUCUCAUCAACUUGAAGGGGGAUAUGAUGAAUAAAAUUCCCUAGGGAGCUUCCUCGUAAGUUAAUUGACUAAAAUUCCACAAUAAACCAACGGCUUAAGAGGUCUCUUUCACUACUGGUAUAAUUAUAUCUUAGCUCAAAGAGAGGCAUUGAUAGAGGCCGGCACGUAAGCAUUAGAAGUAAUGUUAGAUAAAUUCUUUAAAAAAUCCUUUGAAUGGCAAACGUUCUCCAUCAUAAAGUUUGUUAAAAGUAAAUAUGAAACAGAUAAGUACCCCAGUAGGAGCCUGUAUAUAGGGUAUUUUACUUGUUAGCCUUCCUUUAGAAUUGCUUUACACUGGGAGCGGAUAACGAGCACUGAAAUGCUUAACCUAAUUGUCCCAUUAAUAUACCAUCUAAACCUGAUUUAAGCAGUUUCAAAAAAUAGUAACGGAAAACUGAAACAGAGGCUUGAAUUUAACAUGCUCUGUUGGCUGAUACCUAAGUUUGCGAAGAUAUGUAGGAAAAUUAUUUUUGUUUCGUUGUCUGUUAAUUCUAAUACAAUGCGACAUGCAUGGUAUUUUCCUUAAGGUCAUGACGAGAGGUUUGAAUCACAUGGCCAAUUGUUACCUCGUUCCAAAUAUUCGUGGAGUUGGCUAUUUGUGUAAGACAAAUAUUCCUUCAAAUACAGCGUUCAGGGGUUUUGGUGUUCCACAGGUGAGACAAAAGUUAUCUUCUGUACCAUUCUGAUUUACUCAAAAGUUUGGAGUUUAACUACUAAGAAUUGCUCCAAGUGCUCAAGAACGGAUCAGGUAGACGUCGAGCGGGAAUGCUGAGUAGUCCAUUGUAUGCCAGUGAACAGCAUCUUAAAACUUGUACUCACUGUCCUCAUGUUGGUAUAACAUGUACGCUCACUUGCUAUUAUGAAGUGGUCAAGGACAAACUGACUGAUCUCCCCAAAAGGAGUCGAUCGCGCCUGAUUUCACUAUGGUCUUCUCUUAAGCAUCGCCACCACUGGGAAUUAGGUCAAUUAGGUUUGUGUCAUGACGUCAAAAUGAGUAGCAAUAAUUACCUUUGAAAGGAGAUCCCUUCUAAAUAACUUCAUAACCAUGCUUUUCAUUGAUUUUAGCCUGUUCCAGGCUCCAAGAUGGUAGUAGCCUGCGUAGCAAGCGUUUCCAGUCGAGUUGUUAGAGCGGGAGCUAAAAAAAAGAAAUAAAAUGAAAGGGGGAGGGGGAGGGGGGAAGAGGAAACGCUUGCCCGCAAACCCCACGAUUCUGGAAAACGCCCCUUGAUAUUUCACGACAGCUCGUCAAGGUAGAUAACGAAUAGAUUACCAGAUUUGAAAAAAUUACUUUGUUCCCUAAAACACCCUCCAUGCGAUUGCAAAACUGUAAUAAAAAGAAGUUUUACUAUAAAAGAAGGUUGAAACUCUAAGCAAUUGCUGCGGAAUUUCUUAUUCUUUAUAGUUGAGUUAAAAUUUUCACGUUAUGUGGCUUUAUCUCAUCUGAAACCUUGUCAAAACGUCGCAAAGAAAUGAUUCGUCUGGAACAAUUCACUCCACCGGCUAUGAGUUUUGCAGAGCAGCUGCUCUCCAUAGGCCAGCCAGUGUCGAAAAGUUCACUACAAUAUAUGCCGCUCAAUUUCCAAUCACUUGUCCAUGGCGGCUCUAGCUAGUGUCUAGUACUCGAUGUUCUGAUUUACAUUGAUGUUAUCUCCAGCAAACAGUCCAUUUUUUCCAGUCAGAUACACACCCUGUCAUUCGAAAGAAGUCUCCACUGCUCGAUCUCCAAUCGUACUUUUGAUCGAAGGGACCCAGAUCUGAUAAACCUUCGCACAAACAUGAUUCAAAUAAAUAUCAGACCAAAGCAUUUGUAAUCUGCGAACACAAAUCAGAUCAGACCAGAUCUGCAGCGUACGUAAACGAAACAUACCUGGUUUGAUUGAUGUAUUGAUUGCUAUUUAAUCAACACUACCAGCACCGCACCAAUCAAAAACUGCGUUCGUGGGCGAACGCAGUUUUUCAAAAUCGUGGGGUUUGCGGGCAAGCGUUUCCUUCGCUCCCUUCCCCCUCCCCCCUCAUUCCUUUUUUUUUCGCUCUCGUCCCAACUGUCUCGACGAACUAGCGUGGAGACGCUUGCUAUGCAGGCUAAGAUGGUAGUGGAGUCGUUCAGUAACAAGUGAUGCGAGAAACGCGCGAGGGCUAGAGAGAGACUGUUUUGUACUCUGCGUAAUAGCCCAUUUAACAGCUAUAGGUGAAAACGAGGUUGGAGUUGACGUUGUUUUGGUACAAACCUUCCUGAUUAUUAUGCAAAUUAUGUUGUUCUUAUGCUAAGCUUUUGCUAAGCAUAAUUUCCAUGAGAAAAGGAAAGAGGUUUGUAUCAAAACAAGGUCAAGCUCAGCCUCACGUUCACUCAAAGGCUAGGAUGCUAAGCCCACAACUGUAAAACGACCAAUUAAACGGUAAAGCGUGGUCUUGUUAAAAUAGCGCUUACAACUACGAGAACAUAAACUCCCACGAGGACAUAACUAUGUAAGCAAACACUCGGCAUUAUUAGGGUCAAAACAAAAACCAUCAAGAUAGAGAAGAAUAGGGUGCCAAGUUAUUUUGACUCUCGGAGACUACAGUGUUCAAGAGUGUACAUAAAACACUUUACAGUGUAUGGAAUAAACCUGUAUAUGAGUUCAAAAACUGGUAUAUCCAAUAGACCAUUUUUGUGGAUUUGGUACCCCAGCCUUCGAGUGAAUGUGAGGCUAAGGUUGACCUUGUUUUCAUACAAACCUCCUUUGCUUUGUUAUGGAAAUUGUCCUUGAAAAAUACUAGUUAGCAUAAGAACAACUUGAUUUAUAUAACAAAGCAAGAAGGCUUGUAUCAAAAUAAGGUCACCUCCAGCCUCGCUUCUAUCCGUAACUGUAAAAAUGGCCUAUUCAGAUAGGGCCAUCUUUUCCGCCCGGCGCCACCUCCUUUUUCAGAUUGCAUGCGUCUCUUUUUCUUUUCAAAUGCUUGUUUUAUUUACGAAGUUGAUAUGUCCAUUUUAAGGAGCCCGAUUUUUUGUAAAUUUAAUGCAAUUUUUAUACUUUUACAAAUGUAUACUAAUGGUGACAAAUUUGUAGUCUAUGGUAGUUACUGAAUCAUGGAUAUCAGAUAUUGCUACCACAUGUGGGAUUUCUCAAAAAGAGGUAUGUUGUCCCACUAGAACUUCACACAGCAUUAAAACAAUGUUCUAUAUUUGCAUCAUUGCAUUUCUGUUUGGGGUACAAAAUAAUAUGCAAAUGCAUUUUUUUUCCGCUUUUCAACAAACAGGCUACUAAAUCAAAUAUAUAUUAGUACGACCAAUCAAAUCCGGUUACGAAGUGUUUCGGAAUCGUUGCGAAUCCUGAAAAAAAAAAAACUCGUCUAGUGUAGUCUUAGGCUAAAGCAUAACUUACAAUUCAAGAGGGUGAAAAAAGGUGGAAAUUUGCGAUUAUGAAUAAAAUUAUUUCCUUCUUGCUUUACUUAAAAAAAAAAAAACGUAUUAGACAACUCGGAAAGUUAAUUUUGUCAGUUUGCAAGGUUAAUUUAGUUUUCAAAACAGGUCCGAGAAGUCAACCUUGUCCAAGAAGGGGAUUCAACUCAUUUUGGCCAAAAACUGACUGACUGUCACAUUCAACGCGUGUGGAGCGAGCUGCUACAGAAAUGUGACUACGAGGGACGGAGGCAGCAAGUGGAUUCUUAUAACAGGUCAGCCACUCAAACGAUAUCCGGAACAAUAGCCAUGUUAUCAAUUCUCAUUUCCACACUGAUAUCAUGCCAUCUUGUGGAUUUGAUGGGAAGAAUCUGUUUAAACCUAUCCCUCCUCCUAGUAACGGUGGCCAAAUUUAAUUUAUACCUUUUUUAUUGUAAAAGUUCUACCAGAUUUCGCCCAAGAACCCAAAACUCAGAAUGAUAAUGCAUCUCUCUUUAAUUUGGUCUUAGAGGAGCCCGUUUCUCGAAAGUCCCAGUAACUUUUAGGGCUUGGAAAGCUGUUUUAUGCUUGCCGUGCUAAUACCGUGUUUGUAUUGAAGAUCAAAGUUUCAAUAAUUUUGAAAAUGAUACAAUGAAAAUAUCAGUUAAUGGAGUAAAAUUGUAUUACAUGUCCUACUUAUUACGGUUUAUUAUAAUUAUGCGCUGUUAUUAGGUCGAAUCGUUGGAGAAAACGGGGAAUAGCACUAACACCCACUAUGCUGGGUGUGGGAUUUUAUCCUCUCUUCUGCAAUAAUCAGGUAUGAGACAUUGAAAAAGGGGAAAAUGUUGAUCAGCCUUAGUUAACUUGUAAUAUGCACACCAGGUGUUUUAAGAGAGUGAAAGCUAAUCGCUCGUUUUGCGCGAGCUUCACUGGUAACCGAUUCAAUAUCGUAUUAUUUUCAAGAUUCUGCUCCUCGUUUAUAAAUCACUGAAUGGGACAUCGCCUAGCUAUUUAGCUCAAGAAACUACAUUAUCGUUCUCAUACUAGAUCACUGAGGUCUGUUAGUAAUGAACUUUUAAUGCAACCUAUAUCGUAUACCAAGACCUACGGAGAUAGAGCAUUCGCUGUUCAUGCACCAAGAGAAUGGAACUCCGAACCCUAUGAAAUUCGGAAGUCCAACACCAUCUCGAGUUUUAAAAGAUCACUUAAGACGUACUUGUUUACUAAAUUCAGUAACAACAGAUCAUCGUUUCUAUAGAUUUGUAUAUAUUGCGUUAGUUUUAAUUUUUUCCUUUUUUAAUCAUUAUGAAUAAAAUAGUUUAAUAGUUGCUUUAGUUUUAAUUUUUUCAUUGUAAAUAUAAUAGGAUAUGGUUGUAAAUUUGUAAAUAUUUAUCAAUAAUGUUGUGUACAUGACUGUAAAGCGCCUUGAACAUAGGAUAAGAGCGCUAUAGAAAUAAAGUUAUUAUUAUUAUUAUUAUUAGUUAGCUCAAUUGGGAGAGCGCCGGUUAGCUUAGCGGCAGAUCGUGGGUUUAAACCCCGGCCGGACGACCCCUCAGUGUCUUUUUGAAUUAAAAUAACUGAGAAUGAAGUGCUGCCUUUGUAAUGACAUCUGCAAAUGGUUAGACUUUCUAGUAUUCUUGGAUGAGAACAAAAAAAAACCGUACGUCCCAUCUCACAGGACUUUCACUUAUCUGGCUCUUGUGGGACGUAAACUAUACCCACACCACUGUUCGAAAAGAGUGGGGGACGUAGACCCCGGUAGUGUGGUUAUAUCCUUCCCUGGGAUGGGUGGGUUAGAUCGUAAUGUGUAGUUCCAAAAAAUAUCCACGGGGGGCACUUUUCCUUUAGAUCCCCACUUGUCAUCCCCCCCCUUGGAAUUUCCAUAAUUUUCCAACUUGGUUAGGUUAACCCUCUGGAAAGGACAUUUGUGUAAAGUUGUUGCACUAUACCUUUAUUGCGAAAGAUAAUUUUUUAUUCGAUAAAAUGAGAAAAAAUCUUUUUAUUUAUGUUCAGGUACGGUGUCUAAUGAACACAAGGACGUUCUUAGCUAAUAAUUAACCAUAGAGGGCGAUACCUUGCACUACUGAUUACACAAAUAAUGUCAUCUGCAAAAGAACCAGUUACAUUCAAACUAAACACCACCUCUUCCCUCGGAUCGACUUCCCACUUAUCUCUUCUCCACUCCUACAACAUUGUGUCACUAUUCUCAUUCGUAUAAAAGCCGCUGCGUGACGAUUUAAUCAACUAGUUUGUCCCUUGAAUUGUCAAUUGGUCCUUUACGGUCCAAAAAUUCAAGGCCUUUUUACGCCCUAGCAAACAAAUUCACCGUUUCUCGCAAGUCUAUUUCUUCAGGGCAAGUUUCAUUCUUCCGCAACGAGACCAGCGCCGCUGAACCUUUCAUCGGCUCGUCCGUGUUUAACCAACCCAGCUGAUGCGGUAAACCUUCGACAGAGCCUUAACCAUCAACCUAAGUAUCAUGUUUUAAUUUCUCGCUUCCCCCUUUUCUUGUCAAUUUGUUACAUACGUGGCGUUUAUCUUUUUCACCAUUCUGUUUUGGAGUUUGUUUACGUUAACGCUUUUAGGCGUCUGUGCAACGUACCAGAGGUAAGGCGACCCUUAUUUGAUUAUUGUCGCGUCUUUUGCGUCUGUUACAGUAGAACGACAACGAGCCCGAAAAUAUUUACGUUGGCGCUUCAUGGCGUCUGUGAAACGUAAAGGAGAAUCUCAACGGUGCAGUUAACUAUGCCGUUUACAAAUAAGGUGCCAAAAAGGGUACCCGCUCACCAGUGUCACAUGACUGUAUGGCGGGCUCAGUUAUACAAGUCACUGGGGUGGCAAAUGAUAUUGGUUUUCAGCUGAUCGCGGGUUCAGGUCCAUUUUCAUUUUUGAAUUCACUUUCAAUUUUCAGUUUGCUUUCUGCUUACGGCAAAAGUUGAAUCACUUGAGAAAGACAUUUCUUAAAAGAUCAUUCGAGAGUUUCGCUGUAGGCCUUGGCUUAAUCUAUAUAUCAUAUUUGUGACGAGUGCCAAAGCGUAUAAUUUGCAAUUGCUUAAACUGCAAUUAUCACCGUGACGAUCAUAUCUUCAUUUAAAUUUUGUAUUUUUGCAGUUCACAUCGUCUUCAGUCUACGUUUCAUUACUUUCAUGGGUUAAAAUGAUCUCAAAAAAUUUGGCCUGGUGGAGCACUGCAGCUCUAACGCAGAGGCCAUGCGUUCGAAUCCCGUUGAAGUCACGAAAUGUUUGCGGGCUAAUUGCAAAUUCUUAAAUUGCAUUUAAUUCUUCUAUUUGUUAUUAACAUUAGCAAUACGUAAUGUUUUCGAUGUGAAUAUACAGUAUUACUAUGCUAUUAAUAAUCACAGGAGUUCAGGCUUCAGGAGUAAUCAUUGAUCGUUUAUUGCGACAGUGCUGUUUCGUAUGGUCCGAGAUUUUAGGACCACACUCAUCAGGCUACUUUCGUUUUCAGACCAAAACGGCGCAAAGAACCCUACCCUUAGGGGCUGCACAUACCUACAUGGCUUAUAUAGGGAGUACCCCCACCUCCGUCUCCUACUGAAGAAUUGAGCAGCACCUUCAUUUAACACUGCUAAUUUUGAGUAUGUAGAUGAGAUUUUAAACAGUGAGACCUUUGAAAUGAAAGCUACGGUGAGCGACGCUUUUAUGUGCUGUUCUUCGUCAUACUCAACAAUGUUUGCCUAUCACGUUUGCAUGAGUCGGUGGACUUAAUCUAAUGGCAUGACCAUUCAAAUAAACCACUUGAAUGCCCAGGGGCGGGGCGGGGGAGAGGGACUCAGCAUGUGAAAGGGGUGGGGAUGUUCGUCGUCUCGCUUAGGGGUGUAAAUUUCGGAUUUUGGUCUCACUUAGGGUGUUCUGGGCAAAACGCCAUCAUAUUUAGACUUGAAAGUCUCGUUUAGGGCUGCACGCGAAAAAAGAUAUAAUUGUCUGUGUUUUAACAUGGUCUCUUUUAGGGGGUCUCUUUCCGGGGUUUAAUUCAAAAUUUCCGAGGAGCAUCCCCAAGGAUAAGGAAUAUUUGUUGAAUUCCGUGUUUGGCACAGAGACUUCAGUUUAGUGUUGUGUUUUGUGUUACCAGGCUGGAGCCUUGGUUCAUGUUUAUACAGACGGAUCAGUUCUUGUCACUCACGGAGGAACAGAAAUGGGACAAGGACUACACACUAAAAUGGCGCAGGUGGGUCGGGCUUUUAAGGCUAUGUCUACAAUGUACUGGAUAGCUUUUUCCGUCAUGCCGACGUGAAAAGCUAUUGAUAAACGAUUCUUAAAGAUCUGCCGGAGAAUUUCUUUGAAAACGGUUCUCCAGGCAAAAAAGAACAGGCAGGCAUCAAAAUAAACCUUGUACCUUAAUGUAAAGACAACAAAGCCAUAAAGUACGCUUCACACAAUUCAUCUUGUAAAUUGUGCUCGGGACUGCGUUUUUCUGACGUAAAACUCGUUUUUCUGCAGGUAGCAGGGAGGAGUUUGCGCAUACCCACAUCGAAAAUUCAUCUCAGUGAAACAAGCACCAACACCGUUGCUAACACUUCCGCCUCGGCUGCUUCAGUGUCAGCUGAUCUCAACGGCGUGGCCGUGAAGGUAUGAGUGAACAGAUUUCUUUGAUUUUUUCCACUUCAUAUUCGCCUUUCAUCUGUACGUUACGCUACGAGAAUUCUCUUUCUUUAAAGAGAAGGAAAAAAAAUCUGUGGGCAAAACGAAGGGAGUGGUGAGCAGCAAGGCAGAAAUGAUUUUUCCUCAGUUAGAAUAGACAACGGGAAUAUGUCUUUGGAAGUUAAGUCUCAAAUAUUAUCGGCCGGUUCUGCAGACGUACGAUCUUGAGGUCCCUCAUUUUUCCGUGCUUGUAGAUUGCGUGUGAGAAAAUACUUGAUCGACUCAAACCUUACCAAAUGAAGAAUCCCAAAGGAACCUGGGAAGACUGGGUGCGCAAUGCGUACCUGGACCGUGUCAACCUCUCUGCAAAUGGAUUCUACAAGUAAGACAGCACUUAGCACUGUUGGGACUAUCCAUAUUCUAUCUUAAAUUUCUAUAGUUUAACACUAUCAUUGUCAUCAUCGUCAUCAUGUUUGACUGAUGUUACCUACAAUCGAAUCUCGUCCGUUAAGCGGCCACCCUUGGGGUACCGGCAAGUAGCCGCUUAAUGAACGUUGGCCUCUCAAUGGAGGUUCGUUAUAAAUUAGCAUAAUCUUUAGCAGAAACAUCACUUUAUAUUGAAACAAUAAAGCAAGGCGAGCAGCAUUGGUCCACAAUCGGUCGACACCCUCUAUCUCGGACCACUGUAUUUUCCUUCACCAUAUUCUUGAAAUAAAGGAAAACUAAGUGUAUCAGGCGCCUGAUGGUCGCCUAAUAGAGGUGAGAACAAUGGAAGAAUUCUCAAUGGAACGUUAAAAAGGUGUCGCGGCCGCUUAAUAGAGAUUUAAGUUCCCUUUGUUUUCUACAAUUAUUUCGGGACUUCACGUGAUUAAUGGCCGCUUAAUGGAGGUUCAACUGUACAAUGGAACCUUCAUGUGUGAUCACCUCUCGGAAGCGACCGCAACGAUUUUUUUGCGUUAACAUUUUUAUAGUUUUCAACUUGAGGAAUGGUCUGAUCUCUUUGCUUGCUGAAUGUGCUAUACAGAGUAUACGAAGAACCAUUCCUGACAAGUUGAAACCACACAUAUCAUAACUUAGAAAUUGUAUGCAGAAAAUUUUCUUUACGAACGUCUGCGUGGGAGGCUAAGAUUUGUCAGGACCUCUCCUCCGAAGGGACCCGUGUGGGUUGCUUCUCGUAAACGACCACACCCCGUGAAUGACCACUAAAUAGGGAGUUUAAACAGGGAAGUUUUUGAGCGACGCAUCAAAAGUCUAUUACCAAUUGCUUACUCUUGUAGAGACGAUUUGCCCAAAAAUUUUUUCAAAAUCAGCGCUUAAGAGUACAAAAAGUCCACUUCCGGUUGACGAGCGUAGCUCCUGCUUAAACUCCCUUAUCUUCACAUAUUGGGUAGUCUCUUACGUGAGAUUCGACGUUACUUUGAAUUAUUCACACUUUUAUAUGCAUGUUUUUUUUUUUAUAAGGACACCUAAUGUAGGUAUUGGAAAGCGGUGUUAUAACUAUUUUUGUUAUGGUGCCGCGUGUUCAGAGGUGGAAAUCGACUGUCUUACUGGAGACCAUCAGGUGUGGAAAAAUUCGUUCUUCUUAUAGAUCAUUUUCACAUGACAACACGGCGGCCACAUUUGUGUACAAAACAAUGAAUCUGCGGCCAUGUUUGUGUACAAAAAAAAAUUAAAACCCUGUGGGAAUUGAACUCUUUUCACAUGUUAAAACUUUCUUUUAUUCCAAGCAAUUUGCAAAGCUGCUGACCACGUGACUGAAAACGAUCUAUUAUAAUGUCCAUAAGGUUCUACUUCAUUGCAAGCUGACGCCUACCAUAAUAUAAAAAUUUGACAAUUUUUUUCAGUUUACUUACGAGCCACUAAACAAAAAGGCAUUUAACUGACAGAAAUCGCCUCUUGUAAAUAUAAGACAAUCUGGAUUCUGGAAUUCGGGAGUUGUGCUCAUGGAAUCCGGAAUUCAGCUCAAGGAAUUUGAAAUCCCGUUAGUGAUUGGGAUCCGGAAACCAGAAUCAAAGACCGUCUUGGAGUAUACCGUACAUGGCGCUGAAGAGAUGAAAGCUAUAGCUUUAUCAAAUUCUCUUUACGUUAUGCAAACCAGUGACAUGGUAAAUUGCUGUAACAUGUGGAUCCUGUUAGUUAAAAUUAGUUAAAGAGAAAUUGUGAUAAUCAUGGAAGAAAUGUCACUGUUACGUUUUCUUUGACUGUUGCUGUUAAUUUGUAUGGUGAAGGUUCUCCGUACAGAUAUUGUGAUGGAUGUUGGUGACAGUCUAAACCCAGCUAUCGACAUUGGGCAGGUCAGUGUCUAACACUCCUAAAAUUCUUCGCGGAACACCCUCGUAAGUUAAAUGACUAAAAUUGCAUUAAAAGUCUACUGGUAGAAUUAUAUCUUAGCUCGAAGGGAGACAUUGAAAGGAGGCAUUUGGGGAGCAAGGGUGGCGCAGUGGUGAGAGCGCUCGCCUCCCACCAAUGUGGCCCGGGUUCAAAUCUCGGCGUCGACGCCAUAUGUGGGUUGAGUUUGUUGUUGGUUCUCUCCUUUGCUCCGAGAGGUUUUUCUCCGGGUACUGCGGUUUUCCCCUCUCCUCAAAAAGCAACAUUUCCAAAUUCCAAUUCGAUCAGGAAUCGGGUAGACGUAGAACCACUUUGUGGAUGACCUACCUCCAAAAUUAUUAUUAUUAUUAUUAUUAUUAUUAUUAUUAUUAUUAUUUAUAGAGGCCGGAACAUAAGCAGUGGAAGAGGGAUUAAAUAAAUAACGAGAAAUCCUCUGAGUCGCAAACGUUUUUUAUCGAUCCGAUAUAUUUAUAAAUUAAAUCAAUGGAAAAAUUUUAAUCGAAGAAUUUCAAAUAUUGUUUAGGAAAAAAGGUAGAUAAACACACCGCAGAUUUCCCGGUCCGUCUCUCUUCUCAUCCUGAUUUAUAACGACCUUUUUUUAGGUUGAAGGUGGUUUUGUACAAGGCAUGGGCCUGUUUACUCUUGAGGAAGUGCGUUUUUCACAGACUGGCGUUCCAUGGACAACAGGCCCUGGGGCCUACAAGAUUCCAGGAUUUUCAGACAUUCCACUCGAAUUUUACGUUCAUCUUUUGCAGAGCGCGCCCAACAAGCACGCGAUCUACUCGUCUAAGGUUAAGCAGCAUACACCAUUUAAAUAUGUUCUCGAUUUGAGAAGAGUUUGUUUUGAAGACUUUAAGGGUUGGUCUUUUAAACGAAGACUAACUUAGACGGCGGUUUAAAAAAUCUUUGGACCUCCAUCUCUCUCCUUCAGUGUGUCAAUUUUAAAAGAUAAAUGCUUUUUUAGUCUACACUAUAUGCUUUACAAAUGAUACGGUGUUUUGAUAAAAGCGUUGGGCAAACUAAAAAUGACUCAGAAAGCGGUUUUGUUCAACACUGGUUAAAAAAACCGUUUUAAUAACCGACCCUAAGUACUUGCAGCUCAAAUAUGAUUUUAUUAAUGCUCUUGUUCUAAGACUGGCCAAUAUUGAUUUUUCUUCUAACCAUAAAUUAUUAUUUCAUAAUCAAGAAUUAGGUCACUCGAACUUAAUUCAUGGGUCGACCAAAAUUAGGUAUGGAGGACGUAAGUGAUUCAAAUUUCGAUGUUUUCAUGUGCCAAGAGAGGUAAACGCCCAGUCUAGACCUGGAAUUAAUCGGUAGCUUGCUGGCUCCCGGGGAAGUCCGCGAAAUUUUAAUCAGUGUUGUCAAGAGAGAAUUCAACAGUAGCCAUUUACAAUACUCCACAUUGUUUGCUUUGAGGCAGUCGCACGUGGACUUUUUUUGUCGUUUCAAACAAUGGAUAAAAAUUUGCGGACGUCUCAGGAAUAAGAAACCCGUUUUAAUUAUAGCCUCUAAAAAUAACUCAAGUGAAAUGCACAAAUUCCGGCCAACGUCUUGAUUCCCUCUCUGUUUCAUUAUUCACUCUUGCAUGUACUGUAGUAUCCCUCGCAGCCACUUUUGUCUCGUCACACAACGCUCCGUUGGGAAGGAGCGUUGCGUGACGAGACAGCUGCGAGGGAGACUAGAAUGACAGGUAAAAGGGGAAUUUUUUGAUAUGUCACAACAAUGUGACGUGUCCUCGAAGGGAAGGGGGGGGGAGGUCAACAAGGUUGUAACUUAGCUGUGGUUAGAAACUAAAUUUGAUUGCUCUCUUCUAUUCAGGGCCCCGGGGAAGCCUCUCUAUUUCUUGGUGCUUCAGUCUUUUUCGCCGUUAAAAAUGCCAUUACCGAUGCAAGGUAAAUCCGACGUUCUCCAUGCAUGUGCAGUAUUUAUUAUUUAGCGGUUGCUUAAUUAUUAUGACCCUAGCGACAAGUGUUAAUCUGUUGGGGUCUCGACAUUCUCCAUACAUUUGUUAACAGAAUUUUGAGACCACGCCCGGUAUAAGAUGAAAGGAGGUGUCAAACGGUCCCUACAUCGACAUCAUCGGUACUGAAACAAUGUUAAGUGACAGUCACGUUUGAUCUUAAUAAGCCCUGAUCAAACGUGACUGCCAUUUACCAUAUAUAGUUUGCCACUGGUGUUAAUCUUCUUCGCUUUACUUCCUUGUAAAAUUUAGAGUAACAAAUUUCAUUGUCCGUUUACAGGCGUGAAACAGGUAUUGAAGAAGUCUUUAGACUGGACAGCCCUGCUACGAGCGAGCGAAUCCGAAUGGCUUGUGUAGAUAAGUUUACUCAACAAGUAAGUGAUUCAAGACCAACCGUGCUAAAACUCAACAUACUGGGAAAAUUAAAAUAUCGAAAGUUGGGAGGGUCUCUAUAG